GAAAUAUCAAAUUUUUUCAAAGUUUCAAGCAUGCUAGUUUAACUAAAAUGUAAUAUAAAUGUAAAAUGUGAAAAUAUUCUGUUUAUUAAAUAUAUUAAUUUUUAAUUAUAAUGUUAUAUAAUGAUGUUGACGUCACUUUUAACAUCAAUACUUUACUUGCAAUUUAUGAAGACAAAAAGCGAGGAUACAAGCUCAGCUGUUGAUUGUCCUGGCAGCACUGAAAACUCCAGUGAAUUUAAUAGCAAUAUAGAAAUAAAAAAUAUAAGAGUGUGCUGUAGUUACAGCAACCAUGAAUAUCAUCUUGUUUUACAAUGGUCCAAUCCCUCUUUUAACAAUAAAACAGUGAAAAAUUUAGUUGUUGGCUUUUACAGUCCAAGUGAAAGUGGAUGUUUCAAACUACACAAAAAUACCACUGAGUUUGAGUUUACAAGAAAAAUAGGAUAUAAUAGUGAAAACAAUUUUCAAUUUACUAUUUUUACCGAGCCAAUUGCACAUGGAACUGAAUUACCAGUUUAUUCACUUCUGAUUGAAAACAAACUUUGUGGACCAAGUAACAUUGGAGAUUGCAAUGAUGUUAAAUCAACAAAGAUUUUUACAACAAUAGUCUCACCACGAACGUUUCUAUUUAGUAAUGAAAUUCAAAUUACAAUAUUAAUUUUUUUAAGUCUAAUAACAUUUGGAGCAAUUAUUCGGGUUGUUUUGAAAAUCAGACGUCAAUAUGCUUGGAAGAACCCAAUUCCUUAUAAUGAGGUAAAAGAAAGGUUGGUUUACAUUUCUCACUGCUCAUUAGCCAAAAAAGACAAAAAAAAAGUAAUGGGUUUGGCUGCGCAACUUAAUUCAAUUUCAAAUGUUAACAUUUGUAUUGAUUUAUGCAAUCAAAAUGAAAUUCUUAAUCAUGGAUUAGCAAAAUGGAUUCUAGAUAAUCUAGAAAAAGCUGACAAAAUUAUAAUGGUUUUAACUCCUUUAUAUUUGGAGGCUAUAACAUUACGUGCAACAACUGAAAAUGAAUUUCUCAAGGUCAACGCAGAGACUGAUCUAAUUAGAAAGUUGUUGUAUAAAAAUUGUCAGCGUUCAUCUCAAUUUGCUGUUAUACUUGACAGAGUUAGAGCUGAAGAGACUCCUACUGAAUUUGCUGGUCGCUCACAGCUUAGUUUUCCAAAUGCCUAUAACAGAAACGAUAAAAGCUGGACUGCUCUAGUAGGUUUUGUGAUUGAGCAAAAUCCUUUUAACUUACCGAAGAGCUCGACAGUUUAAACAUUCAUUUUAUGUCAGCCCUGGGUUUUUCAAAAGGAAAUUUGAUUUUUUCUAAAGUUUAUAAAGUUUUUUUUUUUUUUAAUGUAUAUAUAUUAAAAAUUUAAACUUAAAAAAUAAAAACAAAAGACGAUUUUGAUGACGAUAUGUGUAUUAUAUAU